AUGGAUCGACUUCCGCAGGAGAUCGUCGACGACAUCAUCAGUCACCGUUUCAUAGACGAGCUCAUCCACCCAUACAGACCCAAGCUCCGGUUUAUUUCCCGGUUUGCAACGGUCUCUCGCAAAUUCCAGCGUGCCAUUGAGGGCCUCCUCUUCCGCACCAUCGAGAUCAGCAACCUCGAGGACGACAUCCAAAUGUUUGAGUCGAUGUUCUCCGCGAGCCCCUACCGUCGCAACUUCGUCAAGCGUGUCACAUUGCGCAUUCAGCUGGACGAAUACCUCCAGCGUAUCAUCAAGCACCCAUACAAGGCCCUCGACAUGGAUCAAGCAGGCCGUGAGGCGUCCAGAGCGGUCUCGGAGACGCUCCUCAUCCUCUCGGCUUGGACGGAUCGCCAAGCCAUCCGCCUGACCAUCAACUGCCAGACGUGGGGAAAGGUCGUGCCGGGAGGCAUGCCUGUCAAGGGCCAACACCGCCGUCGCGAAUUUACGGUCAUCGAGCUGCCGAACCUUGAUACGCUGCCGCCGGCGCCGUGCAUUCGCUCCCUCGAGACUACCUGCAUUGAUGCCUCUCCGCAGGUACACCCUUCCAGCAUACUCGCCAUCGCCAAGGCGUGCCCGAAGCUUGAUGACCUCAUUCUCGCACACGCCGACCCGGACGGCUACAACGAUUUUGAGUUCCUCGACAAAUUUGAGCACCCCGACUCUGAGAUCACGUUCCAGCUUCCGAUCCACAACUUCGCCAAGGUCUACAUAGACCCCUCGGCCUGCUUCAAGCUCGAGCAGCUGCUAGACUUCGUGACCGAAAGAUACCACGCAAACUUCUGCUCCACGAUGCACGGCCUGCUCAACAACUUCGCAAAACUGGAUUACCGUGGCAUCCUGGAGCCGUCCUUCUUCUGGCCUUACGGUCCCUCGGAGCAGCAUGCACCCUUCUGGCAGGACAUGACCUACAUGUGCCUCCAGUUCGAGCCGGUCAAACUGUCCGGAGAGUGGUACUUCAAGACCGGCCGCCAGAUAGGCCAGUGUCCGGUGCAAUUCCGGCGGACUCCGGAGGAAGACGUCAUGAUGCCCUUGAUUGACGCGAUGUGCAAGGCCUUGGAUCAGAUGCCCAGUCUGAAGACCUUUCAGAUGUCCUGUGACGUUAACCAGAUGAGCCGCGGCGGGUACUGGCGGCUUUCGUACGCGGCGCCCGGGGUUCCGUCCAACUUCGACAAGCAUGUCGAGAUCCCGCUUAACAAGUCUCGUGCGUCCGGAGGCGACGAGAUCGCGGUUGACCACGAAGCCGACCUGGUAAGUGGCCAUGAUGAUGGUUCCAAGAGCAGUGGCGGUGGUGCUGAAGCGAGCAAGUCGUCUCAAGGCACCGAUGACAGCUCCCUGGAUCAUGUCCGCUCGUUUCCGAGAUGGUUGCUUGAUGUUGGAGACUGGAAGCCCUCCGCGGAGAUUCUGGAGGCUCUGCAACGGGUGGGAAGAGGGAUUCAUGGGCAGGAUGCUUUGAUCUCGUUCGUCCCUUUCGGAAUGUUUUGGUAG